AUGGCUGAUGGAGACGAGCAACUCGAACUUAGAUUCAGAAUUUUUGAUGGGACGGAUAUAGGACACGGGUCAUACGCAUCAUCAACUACAGUCGCUACUCUUAAGCAACGGCUUCUUUCUGAGUGGCCUCAAGAUAAAUCAGUUGUACCAAAGUCGGUCAGCGAUAUGAAAUUAAUCCAUUCUGGAAAGGUUUUAGAUAGCGGGAGGACACUUGCCGAGUCUCGAGUGAUUGUGGGUGAUCUCCCAAGUGGGGUUAUUACAAUGCAUGUUGUUGUCCAGCCUGCUGUUGUCAAGAAAAAGACAGGUAAGAACCAGUCCGAGAAAGAAAAACAAGGCUCGUGUUCUUGCACUAUCCUUUAG